AAGAUACCCCGUACGCUUUGUUAAUCGAUCUUUUUGUUUUAUUCAUUCUUUAUCAAAGUCUGUGUUCUACGUCUUCUGGGAAGACUCGUCCGCCAAGAUGCCGAUUAUGCAACCCAGUAAUCAGAUCAAAUUCACCAAUGUAUCAGUGGUGAGGUUGAAAAAAGGUAAAAAGCGAUUUGAACUCGCCUGCUACAAGAACAAACUCCUAGAGUACCGUUCCGGUGCCGAGAAAGAUCUCGACAAUGUCCUACAAGUGCCUACCAUUUUCCUCUCCGUUUCGAAAGCACAAACCGCCCCGUCUGCCGAGAUAGCCAAAGCCUUUGGUGCCAAUACCCCCGCAGACGAGAUUCGACAGGAGAUCCUACGGAAAGGUGAGGUGCAGGUUGGCGAGCGCGAGCGAAAGGAGAUCAUCGAGCGGGUUGAGAAGGAGGUAUUGGAUAUUGUAUCAGGCCGGCUUGUUGACCCGACGACUAAGCGAGUUUACACACCGGGAAUGAUCUCUAAGGCGUUGGAUCAACUGAGCUCGGCGAGUGGACAGAUGCAACAAGCGCAGAGUCAGAACAACAAUGGGGAAGCGAGUGGUGCUGGCGAUGAGUCUCGCCCGGCACAACCUCGGAAGCCACUCUGGACUGGUGUUACGCCCAACAAAUCGGCGAAAAUACAAGCCCUCGAAGCUAUGAAGGCACUUAUUGCAUGGCAACCCAUUCCUGUGAUGCGAGCACGGAUGCGCCUUCGCGUGACCUGUCCUGUGCCGCUUCUGAAGCAAAGCGUCAAGUCUGCGGCACCAGCGGCCCCGAACAAAGAGAAGGAAGCUUCGUCCGGCGGCAACUCCAAAUCCAACAAGAAAGGCGGCAAAGGAUCGAAGAAGUCCGCACGUCAACAAGAUUCCGAUGCUGAGGGGGCUUCUGAUGCCGAACCCCCGCAGCCAAAGGCACCGACGAAUGUCAAGGAUAAGAUCUUGAGCUUCAUCGAGUCAGUCGAGUCGCAGGAUAUUGCCGGUGACGAGUGGGAGGUUGUUGGUUUUGCCGAACCAGGCGCAUUUAAGGGACUAAAUGAAUUUGUGGGCAACGACACUCGGGGUAGAGGGCGAGUCGAAGUGCUGGAUAUGGCCGUCACUCAUGAAGACUAAGCUGCCAUGAGAGUGACUGAUUCAAGCCACUUGCGAGCCUCGGACAUGGAUCGAUCCCUGUAUAGAUCUCAGAUGUGUGCUAUGAUUGAUGAUUAUUCGGAUAGAUGUCGGAUACCAGUGCUAACGAAAUAAUUACUUAUGACGAUUUUCCAGUUGGUUCUCAGAGGAUAGAC